CUUUUUACAAGGGAAGGAAUAAAACACAAGUGAAACUAAAGCUGCGCAACUAAACUUCGAACAGUAGCUCUAUACUCGCAUUUUCAUCGUCUUGUGAUCAGAUCACAAGUGUGACCAUCGAGAUUACGGAUGGCGACUGGGCCUGAACCAGGAAUUGAGCUUGGCAUUAAUUCACCAUGGAGUCCAGAGUUCAUCCAGGAGCUUCUCCCAUCUGCGGAGCGAACUGCUCUCCUCUAUCACCUGUCUUACCUGUGUCUGGGAGGCUUCCCAAAGUUGGAGCGUCUGAUCAGAGAACGAGCUAUAGAAACGCAACUGCUGUUUGGAUCAUCUGAGGCCGUUCUGCUGAAGUGCGUCGGCACAAGUUCCAACCUGGUCGCCUCCCUGUUCCCAAUACUGAAGAAAGCUGUUGAGAUGAACAAACCUGUUCUGGCAUUAAGGUACCUGGAGAAAGCCAAAGCAUGGAUCAGUGACAUCAUUACAGCGGUUGAUGACAUGGUGAAGAGGUAUGAUCAACAAAAUAAAAGUGUGGCAACAUGCACCAGUAAUGUGUUUGAAGAACAGGAAGAGACCCAAGAAAAACAAACAAAACACUCUGAUGAGAUGAAGGGUUUGGAGGAUGCUUUGGCCAAGCUUGAAGUGGAGCUGAGGAAAAAUGUUGACGAUAUGAAGAAAAAUGAGAAGAAAAUUAAAGACUCAACCAACGAGCUGCAGGAUCGCAUCAGAAAAUAUGAAGAAAAACAACGUUCCUUGUUUUUCAUGGUCUUUCAGAUACUGUUUGGAGUCAGUCAAGAUUUUUCGAAGAUAGCUGGUUAUGUUGCCAUAGAAGACAAACUGUCCCAUCUAGAGACUGAAAAGAACCAUCUGCGAAACAAUGAGUGGGACAUCAAAAUCCGACAAACUGAUCUUCAGCUGAAGCUGGCCACUAACAAAAUAAAAAUGGGUGAGAUUCCCAGUACUGUCCACCUGACAGAAGUCCAGCAGUGUCUUCAUCAAAUCCAGCAAGUUCUGGUUGAUCUUAAAAAGUUCUGGGAGAAGGUGGGUGUAACGCUGGACACGCUGAAAGACAAGACCUUUGUUGGGGAGGACAUCAUAGACCUGGAAGACCUGAAGGAUGUGUUUCUGGCCUCCAUCGAGGAAGCAGGAAAGUACUGGCAGAGAUUUGGUGCAUGCUCUCAGCGAGCGCAGGGCGUCUUCAGCGUUCAGUCAAAAGAUGCAUAUAAAUUCCUGGAGAUCAAUCCAUCUUGGCUGACUGAGGAGGAAAGGAGUAAGCAGUACGCGUCUAUCAUGAAGAAGCUGAAGAAAAACGGUCCUCGGGGCUCGUCCACAGCCACCAUCAAUGAGUGACAUGCAGAGAUCACUUGUCACUUUUGUCAUGCUUUGUGAUUUUUUUUUAUUUUAUUUUUUUUUUUUAAUUUAUUUUUUUUUUACAACUCAUACAUACUCUUUAGUGAUUUGAUUUUAAUAAUGGAUAUCUUGGUUGUAUGCCAACUGUCUUAAAACUGCUGGUUUGUAGACUUUGAGUCUAAAUUUAAGUCUUAGAGUGUUUUAAGAGUGUUUAUGUAGGCCUAGGUCCCUAUCUCAUGUAGUUUGUCCCAUAGGAGACUGUCAACCAGUGGCGGCUCGUCAGGGGAGGCACAGCUUCCCCAUAAUUUUGAGGUGAAAAUGGGAGG